AUGACAUCUGGAGCAAACCAGUCGAAUUCGGCAGACAAGAGUAGAAGUAAGCAGCUUCGAAAAUCGUCUAAGCGCCCAGCUAGCUCCGGUGGUGGCACAGAAGCGAAACAAAUGCGUAACGCUCACGAUGACCAAGACGAAUGCAUGGAGGAUGUAUCAACUAGUAGCGACACCAGAGAACACAACGGUCUACUCGAGAACUUCAAAAACCAGCCCGAUCAUUCUCAACGCGCUGGUGCCAGCAAUGAUCGUGGUGUGAAGAAAAAACUGGUGAUCAAGAACUUUAAAGGCAGCUCAACGAGAAACGGUGGUACUGAAAACGGCCAAAGCGAAAACGUAGGAGAGAGUGUCGAGAAAGAUUGGACGGUACUGGCUGAUAAUGUUUUUGCCAUUCUCGAAGACAGAAAAACAUCGUCCACAAUGGAAACAUUGUUUAGUAAAGUUAGAGCAGUUUGCGAUCGAAAUCAAGCAAAAGAUCUUUAUGAUAGGCUUGUUACCAUAGUUGAUAACUAUGCAAAGCAUUUGAGGGAGUCACUCAGUUCCGUGGAGCAAGUUCCUCUUUUGACGGACAACUGUGAGCAGUAUUUGGCGAAAUUUGGAAGUAUUUGGGAAUCGUAUCCAGUUAAAACCGUAAGUUUGUGUUUAAAAGGUAUUUAUUUUUUUUGUUUUUCAGAAUUUGAUAAGGAACAUUUUCUUAUAUCUCGACCGAAUCGGAUUGACAGGAACGAAGUGGAAAUUCUACCUCUAUGGGAAACCUUCAUGAAAAUAUUUAAAACCACAUUUUUCCCGGAAAUUUCAAAAGAUUUCAAAGCAACCAAACUGUUCAGUGCUCUCUAUAUGGCAAUGCAGAAGAUGAUGGAUAGGCAUACAGUGGAUAGUCCGUUGAGAACGUUAAUAGAAAUGCUGCAGACAGUACAUGUUGGAGAAGAAUUCUCCGGUUUUCUAUUAACUCAACUUCGCGAGUUCUAUGAUCGGGAAAGGACUGAAAAAGUGCCUAUUAUGACGUGCAACGAAUACAUGACCUAUGCCGAAGACCAGAUCAGUAGAUAUUCGAGUAUGGUGAAAAAGAAUUUCGACGAACCGACGGCGUUAAGAGAUGUCCAAUCAACAAUGAUGACUUGUUUGAUCCAACAAGCAAUUCCUGAAAUAUUAUUGCAUGGCUUUGACGCACUUCUCAGCUCCACCAACACUGUUGACAUUAGCCGAAUGUUCAAUCUAUGCCGUCAGUGUCCAGGAGGAGAAGACGAAGUUCGUGUGCAGUUCUCAAAGUACAUGAAGAGUCGUGGAGAACAGAUAAUAACAACUUGUCCGGACAAUGAUCUUGUCUCUGAGCUUCUGGCAUUCAAGAAGAAAAUUGAUUUUAUUAGUAAGUUAGGAGUAAUAUAUUCUGUUGAAAUGUAUUUUUUUUCAGUGAACGGGAGUUUCAAAUCAGCCAGCGAUUCAACAAAAAUGAGACAAUGUGUUUCUGAUGCUUUUGAAACAUUUGUGAACAAGAAUGUUGAUAGAGCAGCAGAGCUGAUUUCCAAGCAUUUCCAUACCCUACUCCACAGCGGAAACAAGCAUGUCACAGAUGACCGUUCAUUGGAUCAAAUGGUUGAUGAUGCGAUUGUUUUAUUCCGAUAUCUCCGAGGAAAAGAUGUAUUCGAGGCGUACUACAAACGAGGCUUGUCGAAGAGACUUUUCCUUGAAAGAAGUGCUUCUGUUGAUGCUGAGAAAAUGGUUUUGUGUAAACUGAAAACUGAAUGUGGCGCUGGAUUUACAUACAAGUUGGAAGGAAUGUUCAAAGAUAUGGAUGCUUCGGAAACUCUUGCUAUAUUAUUCGUCAAAUACCUUGCUCACAUGAACAAACCAAAAGUCAAUUUUAACGCCAGAGUAAUCACUCCCGAAUAUUGGCCUACAUACGAGGCUUAUGAAAUCAAUAUUCCGAAAGAAAUGAGAGACACCCUCACAGAUUUUCAAGAUUUCUACCGCCUCCAGCACGGAAAUCGUAAUGUAAAAUGGCAUCAUGGACUUGCUGCAGCUGUGGUUUCUGCCGAGUUCCGAGAGGGAUGUACGAAAGAAUUGGUGGCUACAAUGUAUCAAUCAGUUAUCCUUCUCCUCUUCAACAAAUGCGAAACAUGGACAGUAGCUGAAAUCGUGGAAUGUACGAAAAUUCCAGAAGUGGAAGUCGUCAAGAACUUGGUUGCGCUGAUCGGAGGACGCGAUAGACCUAAGAUUCUGAAAAUGGCCGAUGUCGAAAGUUCGGCGAAGAAAGAUCUACUGGAUUCGGUAAAAACCGGAAAGUUCGUUGUGAACUCUGGAUUCGUUGACAAACGUUGUCGUAUUCGUAUCACCCAAGUCAACAUCAAGACUCCAGUGGAGGAGAAGAACGACGUCGAGCAGGAGGUCAAUCAAGAUCGUCAAUGUAAUAUCGAUGCUGCCGUUGUUCGUAUCAUGAAGGCGCGUAAGGAAUUGCCACACGCUACUCUUAUAAACGAAGUUCUACAGCAAUUAAAAUUCCCAGUCAAAGCAGCAGAUAUCAAGAAACGUAUCGAAGGACUCAUCGAGCGUGAUUACAUCUCUCGUGAUCCUGAUGAUGCGACCAUCUACCGAUAUGUUGCUUGA